AUGUCCAUAUUCAAUUUACAGACAGCAUAUACCAACAUAAUGCAGCAGGCUCAACUGCUCCAACAACAGAUUGCCAGUUCACCAUCAACAACUUCAUCUGUGCUACCAACAACUACUGGAGCCAAGCCACCAAAUCAGAACAAUUUGGAAAUCCAGGCAAAUGCUAUGACUACUGAGAACAGUAGCAACAGCAACAUUGGUACAAAUGGCACAAACAGUGCAAAUGGUACAAAUGGUGCAAACAGGGAUGGUAACAACAACCUUAUAGAUACAACUUGCCCAAACUUCAAUCUGAAUUGGGUGUGCACAAGUCCAGGUAAGAAGGUUGACCUCCCUGCAGUACUUGGGAUCACCAAAACAGAGAAAGGGGCUUUUUGGCUCAAUGAGGAAUGGCCCAAGCUCCAAAACACCUCUGACCCAGAUUGGCUGUAUUGUCAAGUGAUUCGGAUGGUACUUAAGAGCUCUUCUGACAGUGCUUGUAGGGAUAGCAGGACAAUUGGGGCAUCCAAAAGGGCAAGAAGGACGCAGAUGCAGACACAGACACACAUGCCCACACCUGCACCCACACCCGUGCCCACACCCACACCCACACCCACACCCACUCCCACUCCCACUCCCACUCCCACUCCCACUCCCACUCCCACUCCCACUCCCACUCCCACUCCCACUCCCACUCCCACUCCCACUCCCACUCCCACUCCCACUCCCACUCCCACUCCCACUCCCACUCCCACUCCCACUCCCACUCCCACACUAAGGCCUACUCCAAUGCAGGUGCAUGUGCAACCAAGGCCUAGGCUUGACCUUGGGUCUAUGCCCAUGCCUGCGUCCAUGUCCACAUCCAUGCUCAUGCCUGCGCUUUUGCCACUUGAGCCACAGGCAACACAUGACCCUGAUCCACAAUUACUGUUGCAGGCAGCUCUACAUUUGUCUGUUGUGGUUGCUGGAACAAGCCUGCAAGGGGCUUCAAGUCAAGACAACGCUAUUAUAUACAAUGAUUACAACAACUUACCUGAUGGAGAUGAACAUCUUGGGUCCCUUACUUCUAUGUGUGCUUCACUGCCCCUGGAUAUGGUCACCAACCCAAGUUCAGGCUCUACUAUCAUCUCAACCCCCCCAUCCAUGGUUUCUAACCUGGUUUCCAAUGACUUGCUUCCAGUGAUUGGAUCCCCAAGCUGGCCAACCCAGGGACAUUUGGGCCUGACCGGGGACCUUUUUUCAGCCGCAGAGGUGCAUGUCCUGGUCAAUAUUGACAUGUCGUCUCCUCUAGUCACGCCAUUUCAUGGCCAGAGUUGCAGCUCGGGCGACUCGGAAGACAAUUCAGACAGCAACAAGAUCUAUUUGGAACAAGGCGCAGAAGAAGGCAAGAAAAGAAAAGAAGAAAGGGAAGCAAGUUGCAACCAAGCCGACACGUUUAGUACAACUACCGGUCACAAUUCAAGCGGCGACAUUCUGGCUGAAAACGUAACCGAUCCCACCAGCGCCAUAGACCCCAAGUCAAGGCUCGCUCAACCAACUGGCCCGCAGAUCAAGAACACCAAGCGUAAACGGGGAGAUGAGCUAAUCACCGGGUCAGCGCCAUCUAUUAGUACCACUAAUCAAUUGUUGCCCAAGAGGGCCCGAAUGGUGCUGGGAGCGCGGCUGCCAACAAUCCCAGGACGACGCCCCCUCGAAAAGAACCUUGAUGCGCCGGAUCCAGCCACCUCAACUCCCUUGCGGCAAAGUAGUCGGCUACGUGAUAACCCGUGCUUAGCGCCAGCUAGCUACGGUCCAGCUACCGUACAUCUGCCAACCACUAAGCUAGCCAAGCUCGAUGGGCUAGCCGCGUCAGAUAUAGCGUCAGCUAACAAGUCCAGUAAGCCUAAGACGCCCGGGCACAACAGAGUCGAAGGCAACGAAAGAGCGGACCGAUUGGCUAACGAAGGAGCUAGAGUGACUCCGAUCCCAAUAUUCAAUGGCACAAUCACAUGGGCGAGAGAACAAGCAGCCCUCAAGACCGUACGUUCAUGGAAAAAAGAAUGGCGUGAACAUUCAGAGUCCAGAAUCAACUCGAGAUACUACAUCCCCCGCCCACCUGCUCUCAAGCUACACCCGAUAUUCAAUACCAGCAACUUAGGCAGGGACCUCAAGUGCCGCCUUGUGCAAUACCUCACAGGGCACGGAUCCACUACGGAGAAUACCACGCUCAAUUUCACCAUGACGUCGACCCCAGGUGCGCUUGCGGGGAAUCGGACGAGACCAUCUAUCAUUUAA